AUGCAACCAUCUCUCAUGACGCUAGUCCUUCUAGCACCCACACAAGCUAUAGCAUCCGAGCUCAUGCGGGUUGCAACAUCCGAGCCCACUCAGGUAACCAAGGUAAUUGUCAAGACCAGCACCAUCGAGGCACCCGCCGAGUUCACUCAAGCAGGCAUCGUAGCCCGGCUGCAGGAAGAUUCGAUCCUGCCCGCUCCCUCAAACCCAACUUGGGUAGAACCUUCAUGGCUCUUGUAUAGCGAUGCCACACCAGCGGAGACACCAGUUGCAGCACCCACUGAGACUUCGGCCGCAGUACCCACCGAGACAGCCACUUCAACACCCACUGACACUGCAGUCGCAACACCUACAUCCAAGCCCGAUAACUGGAAAACCGACCCCAAAGAGUUCAAAAUCGAUAUAAUGAUCUUCUUCGGCGUCACCGGCGGCCUCUUCGGCCUCAUGGUUUCCCUGGGCCUCCUCGGCGCCUGCGUCCAAGCAUAUCAGCGUCGGUCUCGCGCUAAGAAGGCCUCGUCCGAUGCCCAGACUAGAGACGUUGAGCGUACGGCCGGUCUUCCAGCUAUCUCCAAAUCAAAUGAUACUAACAACAGUUCCCAUACGCUUGUUGCGGGUGAGGCGGAUGCGGCGGCGCAGAAGGGUGGUGUUGUUAUUAUGAUGCCAGAGUUUCCGGCUCCGUCGUAUGGCAACAAUAUUUCGACUCAGGAUGUACAUUAUCCCGAGGGCGAGACGGCGGCUCAGGCGCCGCAAGGCAAGGUUUCGAUGCGUCCUAAGGGCUCUUGA